CUUGGACCGGUCUAAACUCAGCCUCCAGCUGCAGCUGCUAAGGUGUUUACACAAAAUACUGUGCAGCUUCUCCCACAACAGGACACGAGGAAUUACUGUUCACAAUAGGCAGCGACAUUUGGGCAGGGAGUGGAGAUGUCCUACGGUCCGUGAAGGCGCGUCGCUCCGCUGAGAGGCUGCGGGUCUGCGGCUCUGGAGGAUGAGGAGCGGCGGGGAUGCUGCUGCCUCCUCUCCGCCGAUCACACGCUCCAUUCCGCUGCCGUUUUGAAGGGAAGCAGCCGCUGCCAUGGCCUCGGACAACUGUCUGUUCGUCUGGUCUGAUCAGUGUGUCAUUGUGUGUCCCCUCUCCCUCUCCCUCCUCCUGCCAGUCACCCCGGAGGCCAUCGGCUUCCUGUCGGCGGUGGGCGUCUUCAUCGUGGCUCUGGCCGUCCUCUUCCUCUUCAUCAACAAGAAGUUGUGUUUCUCGCGUGUCGGCGGACUUCCCUGCCUCGAACAACACGGGCGCCGCAAGAAGAACCGGCCGGGGAUCCGCCAGGGGCUCGUGAACAGCUACGGCGACGACGAUGACGACGAUGCCACCACCUCCUCGGGCAGCGAAGACGAGGUGCUGAAGCAGUUCGAGAUCUCGGUGUCCCGCUCGCAGAGUUUCCGCAACGCAGCGACGAACUCCGGUGAACAGCAGCAGUCGCAGCAGAGUCAUCUGUCGUUGGGUCGACGCCACAAGUUCACCCGCCUGUCAGACCAGGAGGAGGGCAGCACUGAGCCUUCAGACUGUGAAGGCACCGCACCCAAAGAAACAGAGGCUCCGAGCCGGCAGGGCUUCCAGGACCCGCUCUCUGCAGCGCUGGAAGAGAUGGAGAAGGCGUCCGCCGACUUCCUGGACGAACCAGCUGCAGACGAGGCCUCGACCGCCAGGGGAAGCCCCGCCCCGAGCACCAACCGGCAGGCCGCCGACGGCAGCGAGGACACGGAGAAGAUUCUGGAUCAGGACAAAAACGAGGCCACGGACAGCUCCUCCACCUGGAGCCCGGAGCAAGAGCAGCCUCCCUGCAACGAGGCCUCGUCUCAGGCCGUCUCCUCUUCCCCCCGAGUCCCCAUCUCUAAAUGCGGAGACCUGGUCCUCUCCCUGGAGUACCGGCCCGACUCGGAGAAGCUGCUGCUGUCCGUGGUGGCGGCGCGGGACAUCCCGGACAAGGCCCGCAGCGGCAUGGACUCCUGGCAGGUGCACAUGGUGCUGCUGCCCUCCAAGAAGCAGCGGCACAAGACGUCGGUCCAGAAAGGCUCGACGCCCCACUUCAACGAGACCUUCCGCUUCUCGCGCCUGGAGCCGUCCGACCUGCAGGUGUCUGCCGUCAGGUUCCGGCUGUACGCGCUGGGGGGAAGGAUGUCCCGGGAGAGGAUGAUGGGGGAGAAGGUGCUGCGCUUAGGGGGACUCAACCCGGACGGCGGGACGAUGGAGGCGACGCUGGUUCUGGAGCCUCGAAGUAACCUCAAGAGCGUCGACUCCCAGCUGAGUCUGUCCGCCGUGUCCCAGAGCGACAGCGCCUCGUCCACCCAGUCCCUGACCCACGGCGGCGUCCCCGAGCUGCUGGUGGGACUGUCCUACAACGCCACCACGGGACGCAUGUCGGUGGAGCUCAUCAAGGGAAGCCACUUCAGGAACCUGGCCAUCAACCGGCCUCCAGACACCUAUGGGCGUCUGACUCUGCUGAACUCGGUGGGGCAGGAGAUCUCCCGGUGUAAGACGUCGGUGCGUCGCGGGCAGCCCAACCCCGUCUACAAGGAGACGUUCGUCUUCCAGGUGGCGCUCUUCCAGCUGUCGGACGUCACGCUGCUCGUCUCCAUCUACAACCGGCGCAGCAUGAAGCGCAAGGAGAUGGUGGGCUGGAUCGCGCUGGGCCAGAACAGCAGCGGCGAGGAGGAGCAGCUCCACUGGCAGGACAUGAAGGAGGGUCGGGGUCAGCAGGUCUGCCGCUGGCACGUCCUCCUGGAGGCGUAACGUGACGCCUGCAACCUUUUUACGCGUCGCUCAACCUCCCAGAAAGUUUUAGGCGUUUUAAGGAGGAGUUGAUUGCAUCCAGAAUUUACCAGGAAAAAGACACUGUAAAGAAACACGUCCUUUUUCUUUUGUUUUAAGGCGGAAUGAAGCUUGUUGUUGAUUAACAGAGCAGAGGAUCAUGGGUGACGUUUGUAGGCUCAAGGAUUCAAGGACUCCAUCCAAACCUGGGAGAGCGUCAGGAGGCACUCGGCUGGUCGGUUUGAGUCAGCAGCACAAAGAACAAACUCAUCAACCCUCAGAGGAGCUUCAAAGGAGAAUCAUCAUUCAAGGCUACUGCACAAAAGACGCUGAAAUUGAAUUCACUGGUGAGAUUUCUGAAGUGGCGGAUGAAGAUGAAACAUUUCUGAACUUCGUCUCAGUGACAAAAGAGGAAGAAAAAGAAGAAGCUGUCCACCUCAAGGUUUCUCUGAGAGUUUGUCCUUCCUGCUGCACUUUUAUUUCUCUGAGAAAUAAGAUCCGAGGUGUGUGUUGUUUCUUUGACAGAUCAGUGGAGAAGUAAAGUAAUCUGCAGAGUGAGGCUCCUCAUCAGUUAACACUCAGCGACAAAAGGCACAAUAAUAUAUAGAUUAUAAAUCAGUUAUCUUGUCUGUCUCCUCCAGAUUUUAAAUGAACAUCGUUCCCAGAGGCUAAAAGAAAAAAAAAGCACACAUUUGCAUUCGUAGACACAGGAACAGAAGGAGACACAUGGGCGUCUGUCAGUAAAUCUACAAUAAUGAGGACAUUAUUAAAAUAUCACCUAGAAAAACAAACGUUUCUUUACCAACUUCCACAGUUUUGUUCACAAACCAUUAGCAUUGAUACAACCUGGAAUUAAGGCUUCAACUAACCAGCCGUCAACUUUUCCUGUUUGUGAUUUAAUUUGGCUAAAACUGACUUUUUUUUGCAACAGUAGGAAGUAAUUUGAUCUCAGAAAAUUUACAAAACCCCAACUUUAUAUCUUAAACUUCUUACAUUUCAAAACAUGUAUCCAAAAACAUCCAAAAAACUAAUUGAAAUUUAUAAAUCACAGUUUUAACCAAAUACUGGAACUGAAACAUAUACGAUAAAAGUUUGUUGGACAGUUUUAGGUAUUUUAAGUCAGAGCUACACGGUAAAACAUCACGCAGGAAUUAAGUGCCAACAGCUCAUCUCUUUUAGUCAAAGUGCUAAUCUAGAAUGUUUUUAAAUAAAUAAUUAAGUCACUAUAUUUUGCUAACUGGGGUAAUGUUGCAUGUUAAUGCAAUUAUAUGAGUAUUUACAGAAUUUGCAACUGGGAUUCUCACAAAGACAAAAAAACAUAUAUAUAAUCUUAAUAAUUCCAGAAUUUGUGGCGCUUCCAGUGGUUAAAGUUCAAAAAUACACCUGCAGUUACAAUUUAUCGCCAUAGGUGUCGCCAGAAAACUCAAAUUUUUUUAUUCUCUUCAAGUUAAUUCUGCUUCUUAUGUCUUUUUUCCUGAACUUCUAAAUAUAAAUUAUUUGAAAUAACCACAAACUAAUGAUUCAUUAGUAAUCGAGUGUAUGCACGUGACAUCACAGACGGCGGAAGUCUCCAUGGUUACGUCCACUGAGCGGCAAAAAGUGACAGUUGAACAUGGAGAUUAGCAGCAUUAGCUUGAAUCAUAGGCUUUAAUAGCAUCUAAA